UAAACAGUCGUCUAAGAGAGUGAGAGAGAGGGAGCAGAGGGUAAGCAAAGGCUUUCUUUUGACGAGAGAGUGGACAAGGACCAAUACAGACAAAACACUGAAGGCAAGAGUGAGAAGAGAGAGCUGAAGAGGACGACUGUCAAAAGGAUGUGAAUAAAGAAAAAUCUGCAGGAUUUAUGACAUUCAGCGAGUGAAGAGAAAGGUGAAUCUAGAGAAGAAAAGAAGAACAAGGACUACAGCUUUAUCAUAUUUUAUCAUGAAUGUAACUGAGGUUUCAUUCGAUCUGACAGGUCAUUUUUGAACAAACUGCUUCCUGCAUGUGAAUUUGAUGGAGGAAAACACACUGUGGACCAUCAGGCUAUCACACCUCUCUGCACAUUCCCACACUAAAACUACAGCUGUGCUGAAUCUCAUGCAGUGGGACUAUUGAGGAGUUCAAUGAUUAAAAGCCCAGAAGACGUCACUCCUACACAAUGACUACCGUCUCCUCUUUUUUCCCCUUCACUCUUUCAGCCUCACUGACAUCUAACUCCUCUCCUCCUAUAUUUACUUCAUCCCUCCCCAUUUCUAUGUCGUCCUCUAUCUCAGCCACCUCUCUCCCCCCUUCCUCCUCUCCUUUCUCCUUCUCUUCCACCUCCUCUGUGGCUUCCCAAAAUCAAACAUGUUCGUUUGAUGACGUGGCCCUCCGUGUGCCCCUGAUAGUCCUCUACUCCUUGUUCUUCAUCUUUGGUCUGGUGGGGAACAUCUUCGCCCUGUGGGUCUUCCUGUGCCUUCACACGAGCCAGAACUCUGUAAGAGUGUUCCUCAUCAACUGUGCUGUGGCUGAUCUGGUCCUCCUGGCAUGUCUGCCCUUCAGAGUCUUCUAUCAUCUUAAUGGGAACAAGUGGGUACUGGGGCCUGCUGCUUGUAAGCUGGUGGGGAAUCUAUUUUAUAUGAACAUGUACAUCAGUAUUACAUUACUAGGGUUCAUCAGCUUGGACAGAUACUUGAGAUUAAAGGGGAAAGGCCGAGCACGGAGAGGCAUGAGGAUUAGGCUGUGGGGGUGUUACCGGCCGUGGAGUUGGGUGGCAUGCGCCACUUUGUGGAGUCUGUCACUGCUUGCAGUGGUACCAAUGAUCGCCAUGGCAGAGGACAAAGAGGACGGCAACAAAUGCUUCGAGUUCAAGAAGCGGCUUUCCGCCAAAGGGAAAGCCUACUUCAACGGCAUGCUGGUGCUACUGUUCUGGCUGGUCUUCCUCAUUCUCGUCAUCUCCUAUGCCAAGAUUGCUUCCCAGUUGUUGACGGUCUCAAGGGACAAGCCAGACUUUCCAAAUGCACAACGAUAUCAACGAACCGCCAAAAAGUCCUUCUUUGUCCUCUUUCUGUUCACCAUCUGCUUCGGGCCUUAUCACGCCUUUCGGCCGAUCUACAUCUUCUCCCAGCUUAGUGAAACGUCAUCUUGUGACUACUUGCAGUUGGUGGACCGAACCAAUGAGGUGAUGCUGUUAUUCUCAGCCUUCAAUAGCUGUUUGGAUCCUGUCAUGUACUUUCUGUUAUCUGGCUCGGUGCGCAAAACCGCCCUCCAUGCAAUCGGACUUCAAUUUGGCACACGCCUCGAUGCAACAACUAACAGCUCGACGACGGAGUUCCGACGGACAUCUGUGCCGAUGAUUUUACCAAACGCUGAACUAAAUACCCCCUCAGGCACCCCCAGAUCCAGUGUUUAUGUCAUCAACACAACCCUGCGCCGCACAGGAAUGACCACACUACCCCCUACUGGCUGAACAUGAUCACAAAGUUUGUCUGAUUUAAAAUAAUGUAAUGCUGAAAAGUGAGGGUGGGGGGGUGAACAUCUGGCAUUUCUAACAUAAGUUGAUAUG